AUGCCACGACUGGCCGCCGCUGCAACGUACGAGCCUGUACGCACCUAUAAGUGCGUGCAGGGCGUGGAGCGUUGGCCACCGGCGUGCGAAGGUCGCGCUGAGGCAGUCGCGCCGCACCAAACCGCCCGGCGGGGGCAGCAGUAGCCGCACAGACAAGGAGGCCGCUGAGGCUGCCGCGUCGCGGGGAAGCAACAGCACCCAAAAAUGCCGAACUGACGCUCCUGACACGGCUCGGCGUGUCGCGUCGCGCCCGCGCCGGCGACGCCGCAGCGCCGGGGCAGCUCCUUCGACGAUGCGUCUGCCGGGCUGCCCCACGACGCCGACACGUGGACGGUCGACGAGGUCGGAGGAUUUCUCGCGCGGCUCGGCGCGUCGGAGGCGCUUGUCCGGCACUUCGCCGCGGAGUGCAUCGACGGCGAAGCUUUGCUCUUGCUGACGGAAACACACCUGGACAAAUAUUUUGAAGCCGAAUCCGCUCUGGGCCUGCGCCUCAAGCUCCUGAAGGGCAUCGACCGGGCCAAGCACCACCGCCACGACGGCAUCCUGAGUCCCAUGUCGCAGAUGCUCGGCGCCGGCUUAGCUACCGCGGGCGCCGUCGCCGGGGCGGCGGCGGUCGUGGCCUUCGGCAGCGAUGGGAACGCGCCCGACUGGCAAGUGAAAGGCUUCAAGCAGGCGCGGGACGUCGUGACCGGCGUCGCCGUCGGCUACGAGUCCAUUCUGCUCGUGGGAGGUGUCUUUGUGUCGUGGAUUCCCCCGGGAGCGCAUCUCAUCGUGCUGCUGCCGGUCGUCUUUGGUCUAGCGUUUGAGGUGUUGGUUUACUUUAAGACCUGACCCCCCUCGGGUAAGAAGGGCGGCCAAUGCAAGGGCAAGUCGCAGAAGGAACAUGACGCGCUGCUGGAAACGGCGACGAGCGAUCCGCGCCUCGCGUACAACUACGCGCAGACGGAGGACGGCGACGCGGACGUAGCCCAAGGACGGAAGGUCCAGGAGCGCACAGUGCGCGUGAUGCGGUUUUCGCUCUUCCUGGGGCUUCUGGUCGUCGCGGGCGUCUUCCUCGGGUUCUUGCUGGGAGGGCUCCUGAAGGAUAAAGCGACGCUGAUCAUCGCGUGCAUCAUGUUCCCUCUGGCCUUCCUGUUGGUUCUUAUGCUGAACCUCAAAUACGCGCUCGGCGUGAGCAAAGACGACCAGGCUGACUUCGACAAGCUCUACCGCGCGACCGACGCGGAAGCGCCCGCGCCGGCCGCGGAACCCUAG